CAGAGUACGGUGCUGCGGCUGUUUAAACCCGACUGAUAUGGAUCAGUACGUCGUGUUUCGCAACAAGCGAGUGUGUCUCAGGGAAGAAGACAUGAGUGCUGAUAAACUCAGUCGCAUAUUUCAGGUCUCAUCUCGUAGUCUGUACAUGACUGACGACGCAAACGUGGCAUUGUUUCCUGGGGCAUCUGGUGUUUUCAGCUCAUUGGACCUCAAUCCAAGGACUCAUUAUGAGGUUCAUGGUGAGGCUGAGGACACCUCAGGACCUGCAAAUAGCACAGGGCAACGUUUUUCAUUUAUGCGCACGCCUGCAACCACUACAAGUUCAACUCCACAGCGGACUGCCUCAGCCCCCCCUCGAGCCACUGUCUCUAAAACCUUUCACAGAUCAGUGUACCUCGCUGAGGUGGUUGGUGGGAGGUUGAGUCCCAGCAGAACGGUGGUGGUCCGGUUUUUGGAAUGUGAGGCUACCCUGCAGGGGAUCAUCGGAAAAGUACAAGAUGCCAUUGGAAAUCAUGACCCUGUGGUGUUGACUGAUGCGCAAGGGAAUGCAAUUUUGGAGUCAGAAGGAACAACAGGGUCACAGUACUGGAAACAAAAUGCACGAAAGAUUCUUGCUGUACGAGAACAGGACUUCCAGGAGUUGCAGGACAAAAAAAGGAGGAGAACAAGCCGAAAAGAUGAAGAUGCUGCAGGCAUUGGAGAUGUCACUGAGAAAGUAGAAGAGCUUGUACUGGCAGACCAGUCUGGCUACCACUCAAAAAGUCAUCCUGACUCCGUCCCAGCUACAGGCCAUCAAGCAAGGGUUCUGCUGUGUUGUUUGUAUGAAGUUCAUCGAUGAGCCAGUCUUCACAGAGUGUUGCCGAAGCAUUAUUGGCUGCAAAACAUGUGUGGAACAGUGGCAGUUGACCUCUGUGCAUUGUGCAAAAUGUAGAGGGAACACCGAAGGCAGCAACAUAUUUGAAGUUAAUGGUCUGUCAGAGGCAUUUUCUGUUCUGAGAUCCCUUUUUGAAGAGGAGUAACAUUUUGCACUUUCAUACUCAAAUACUGUAGGCAUGUUGUGUUCUGUUGUAUUUGGGUCAGAGUUCUUGUACUAGUAAUGUGAAUUCAUUUACAUGUUUGGGCUGGAUGACAUCAUAUUACUGUUCACUGUUUUAGUGAGAUUAACAUUUAUCUUUACCAAACAUCCAUUGCCACCAGUUAAUUGUUAUAGUUACUAAUUUACAUUCUUUAAAGUUGUGGUUAUGAGAGAGCAGUGCCUCUUUGUAUGGAGCCAUGUUGUUGUCCACUGCUCUAGAGAAUUCUGAAAUGUCUGAAUAUUUCUCUGCAAACUGAUUUUCAACUCUCAAGUUUGUCCUGUUCUGUUGAAAAUAGAUCAACUCCAAAAGUAGAAUGUGUUGUCAGUGAGGAUCCCAGCUGUAAAGGUCUACUAAGUUCAAAUACAGCAAAUGUCUUUUCACACAUUGCGCUGAGUUGUUGUUAUGAGAUAGAGCACUGCUUCUUUGUAUGGGGCGAAGUCCUCGUUCACUGCUCUCGAGAACAAGACUGAAAUGUCUGAAUAUUUCUCUGCAAACUGAUUCUCAACUGUUAGUUUGUCCUGUUCAGUUGAAAAUGGAUCAAUUCCAAAAGUAGAAUGUGUUGUCAAUGAGGAUCCAAGCUGUUGGCUGUAAAGGUCUGCUGCUUCAACUGAAUGAGGCAGCAGCUCCUGUGGGAUUUUUUUGGGACAGCCACUGCCAGCCAAGUUGUUUGGUACACCUUUACCUGUAAAAUAAAGAAAUCAGUUCAGUUCUUGAAACUUCAAA